UAUCUCAUUUGUGAUGGCAGGAGGACAGAGGGAGGCUGAGUCUCUGGGAGGAGGAGUUACAGAUUCUGUGAUUGCUCAGCUCAGGACUCAUCACUUCACAAAGGUGGAAAAGUCCGGUGCUGCAGAUGAAUGAAGCCUGUUCCUGGUGCAUGAUUGGACACUUAGACACCGUCUAACUCUGCAGAGACACUGUUACAGCUGGAAGAUUUUCCUCAUGGUCUUUACAGGGAGUUGAUUCUGACCAUAGGUGAAGAAAUAAUAUGAAAAAGUUCUACUGACACAAUAAAGGACAGACACAGAGGACAUGUGGAAUGACUGUGACUGGUGAGGACCUGGAGUCAAACCUGCCACAAGGGCAAGGGAUAUAAGGAAACAGAUGAGAGGAGGUAUUAUGCUGGUUCGGGUGCAGCAGGACUGUGCUAUGAUUCUCCCUGUAGUGGUUUUGCUGGUGCUCCUGCUGCUCUCUGGACCAGAGUCCUCUCUCCAGGGAGACACCCAGGAAAUAGGGAACAGUGAUGAGAUCCCAGAGGGAGAGUUCAUCUACGCACCAAAACGGCAGAAACGGGCCGUGGUGGACUACAGUGCCCAUCAGACGGACAAAUGCUCUUACACCUUUAUUGUCCCUCAGCAGAAAAACACUGGGGCCAUCUGUGUGAACUCCAAGGAGCCCGAGGCCCUGCUGGAGAAUCGGGUCAACAAGCAGGAGCUGGAGCUGCUCAACAGCGAGCUACAGAAGCAGAGGCUGCAGAUCGAAGCGCUGCAGCAGCUAGUCGAGGUCGAUGGAGGUGUGAUCAAUGAAGUCAAGCUACUGCGCAAAGAGAGCCGGAACAUGAACUCCAGAGUCACACAGCUCUACAUGCAGCUGCUGCACGAGAUCAUUCGCAAACGAGACAAUGCUCUGGAGGUCUCACAGCUGGAGACCCGCGUGCUCAACCACACCAACGAGAUGGGGAGGCUAGCCACGCGCUACCGUGAUCUGGAACAUAAGUACCAGCAUCUGUCGGCGAUCGCCAGCAACCAGAGCGCUCUCCUGGUGCAUCUGGAGGAGCAAUGUAAGCGGGGAGGAUACUCGUACGGCAGCGUGGUGCAGGAGAGGAGCCGUCCUGUCCGUCCACAGCCUCGUGCGAUCCCUCAGCCUCCUCUGCAGAGACCUGUACUCUCUCCCGGAGGCUACAGACCCUACCAUCCGCCUACCUACACCCGCCACACCAGCAACCCCAUGACCAAUGAGAUACAGAGUGACCAGAACUCCAAAGCCCUACCACCUCCGCUGCCCACAAUGCCAAGUGGUACAUACAGCUUCACGAACAAGCCCUCAGGUCCUUUCAAAGACUGUCUGGAGGCUGUGGAGGCCGGAUACACCACCAGCGACAUGUAUCUCCUAAAACCAGACAACGGAAACAGACUCAUGCAGGUUUGGUGUGACCAGAGACACGACCCUGGUGGCUGGACUGUGAUUCAGAGGCGUCAGGAUGGCUCCGUCAACUUCUUUAGGAACUGGGAGACGUACAAGCAAGGGUUUGGAAACAUUGAUGGUGAAUACUGGUUAGGCCUCGAGAACAUCUACUGGCUGACAAACCAGGGCACCUACAAGCUGCUGGUGACCCUGGAAGACUGGACGGGACGGAAGACCUUUGCAGAGUAUGCAAGCUUCCGUGUCGAGUCAGAGGCCGACUCCUACAGGCUGCGGGUGGGCCAGUACCAUGGCAACGCUGGAGAUUCUCUCACCUGGCACAACAGCAAGCAGUUUACCACACUGGACAAAGACCAUGAUGUCUACACAGGUAACUGUGCCCACUACCAGAAGGGAGGAUGGUGGUACAAUGCCUGCGCUCACUCCAACCUGAACGGUGUGUGGUAUCGCGGUGGACAUUACCGCAGCCGUUACCAGGACGGGGUGUACUGGGCCGAGUUCAGAGGAGGAGCUUAUUCUCUGAAGAAAGUGACCAUGAUGAUAAGACCCAGUGCAAACACCUUCCACUAACACUUAAGUCAUUCAGAACUGAACAGACAGUUUCUUCCAAAGGGAUUUCAUUUCAUGUCAGUAUCACAACUUCCUCCUGUUCUUUUUCCUGUUGGUUGCUUCACAUUCAUAAAAUAGCUUCCAAAUGCUUGUUUUUUAUUUUAUUCCUCUUCCAGUAAUAGAUUUUACUUAUCUAGUUAGGCUCAUAAAUCAACAUUACACAUAAAUCAACAAAAGUACACACAAACAGACAUUAAGUGGUUGUAAUAUCUCAUCUGUGCUCUGGUUUGGCUUUUGUUGGUUUGUUGAAACACAAUAUAAAACUGUAACUUUAAUUUUAUAUCUCUGUAAAAUAGUAACAUAAAAUUGACUGCUGGCAAUAAACUGAUAUGUCAGAUUAUUAUUGGUGCUUAUAUUACAUGUGUAUUAUGUAUGUAUGGGAUUCUACAGGAAAGAAAGCCGGUUAUUUAUUUUGAUAUCAUUUUCUAGAAGAUUUCAGUAAAUCUGUCUCAUUAGUCGAGUUAUUUCCUCUUUAUUUCAUCUAAUAACUUGAUUAAUUAAUUGAUUAAUUAAUUCCUUUACUCACCAACAGCUGUCUCCAUCACGUCUUUUCUUCUACUGAAGUUAGCAUGCUAACUAGCUAGCCCGGCCCAUCUCCUCACUUUGUGAUAGCGACUCACUGUAGCCUCCAUUCCACAUUCAGCAGCAGAACAAAACUUACAAAUAUACCCUCCAUAAAAAGAAGCAUAAACUCUGGAGGCUGAGGUUUUAAGAGGAGUUAUGUGCUGGAACUAUUUCUUAGAAACCAACAUCAGAGGGCAGUGACUGUGUACUGCUUCACAGAGCCUAGUCAUCAAUGAUACCAGAUAGCAAAACUAAACCUGUGAUCACUGUAUCUGGCCCGUAGCUCCACCUUAACCCUCCAACGUGGGAUAAUCAGCUUUAGAGGUUGUGGUGGCUGGAUUUUCUAACUUUGGACAGAGCUAGCGGUUUCCAACUGCUUCCAGUCUUUAUGCUAAGUUAGGCUAACCACAUCCUGACACCAGUUCUGUACUUUAACUUUUCAUUAAACUUACCAGCUCCAAAGUAAUGAGAGCCACCACAUCUACCUAAAUAUGGACAUUGCGAAUUAUGUCGAAGCCUUUAAAUGUGGACACAAUCUUCAAAAACAUUUUCUUUUAAAUAAUGAAAAGUGCAAAUACAGUUUCAUCGCAGGUAGAAGUAGCUCCAGCAAACAAAGAGAAACCAAAUAGUUCAGUGUUGUUCCCUCUACGCACCAAAGGUUUCAGUCACUGUAUUAGUGUGCAGAUACACUACAGUAUGUACCAGGUACUCUGUGUAUAUAUAUGCUCUUUCAUUAAGAUUAUUUUUUAUAGUCUGUUAUCGAUCUUACAAUAAACUAUGUACAGCCCUG